CGCGUUCAUUAAUUACAUCAUCGUCUUCCUCAAGGUGUUGAACAAGACUUAUAGAUCAUCAAGGCACAAACGACAUGGAUCGCACACCAUCUUUGUCAACCGCCGGCAUACCAGCGAUAAUAUCCACCAGCUCGCAAUCUAGCCUCCAGUUGUCCGUACAUCCUCUCCCACUUCUGAACAUCUCGGAGCACUUUACGAGGACUUGUCUGCAAACCGACACUCCAUCGCCGCUGAUCGUCGGUGCACUGUUGGGAACACAAAACGGACGCGAUGUAGAGAUCCUCAACUCGUUUGAGCUUGUUAUUACUGGUCAUAAUGAGGCGGCCAUACUUGAUCGUGAAUUUACGGAAGUUCGCCGAGAACAGUACAAACAAGUCUUUCCCUCUCUUGACUUCUUAGGAUGGUACACCGUAUCUCCCUAUCCCACUGCUACCCAUCUCGCCAUCCACAGUCAAUUCGGAGCAUACAGCGAAUCCCCACUCUUCCUCGUUCUCUCGCCCACGGCGAUCACGAGUGCGAGCGAGGAUGUGCCGCUGGAUGCAUACGAGGCAGCUGUGGAGAUCGUCGAGCGCAAGAGCAGGACAGUACUUGUUGAGGUAGGGUGGAAGAUUGAGACGGGUGAGGCUGAGCGGAUUAGCGUGGAUUGGGUUGCGAGGGGAGGAGGGGAGGGAGGAGGGAGUCUCGUCUCGCAUCUUCAAACCCAGCGCGCAGCUAUUUCAAUGCUGCACGAGCGUAUCCUUCUACUCGUGCGCUACCUGAGUGGUGUCCUUAACGGCCAGGCCAAGAAGGAUCAUGACGCAAUUCGUGCAUUGUCGGCGCUCGUAGCGAGCCUCCCUGCCAGCCAACAUUUGGAAUUCAGGGAAGAAUUUGAUACUGAAUACGAAGAUGUACAGCUCACGUCGUAUCUUGCUACCCUUACGAAGACUGCCAGCACGCUGAAUGACCUGGUGGACAAGUUCCUUAUCGCGACCGCAAACAAAGAGUCAGGACGAGAGGGCGGUCCGGGUGGAUCAAUGCACGGAGGACGAGGCUUGGGCGGAGUUGGGCGUGGGCGGAUGGGCAGUGGAUUUGCCUACCCCCGACCGGAGGAUACAUGGAUGCGCCAGACAGCACGGGUAUACGACUGAUUCCUUAUUGGCUGCAUGGGUAAGUGCCUAGAGUGCUCUUUC